UAAUGCCGGAAGUGCGGCAUUUCAUCUGCCUUGGUUAUCUUGGCAACUUGAUUGCGCAGCACAUACAUAACGCGUCAUGUCGUCAGAGCAACACUGAGCAACCAACCUUGUCGAGUACUACCAAGUACAGUCUCUCGAAAUAACAUCCCUAUUUCUGCUCUAUGAGUCGGUUUACACAAUAUUCAGAAGACUCCACCCGCCUCCCAGUAGGACUCCAACGCAUCGCCUACGAUGCCGACACCCAGCAAUACACAUUCCGAGACGAGAACGGGAGAUUGUACUACUCUGCGUCGGGGGAGUCGUACGGCCACUUGACAAGUGCUGGGAAUGGGAGUGCGGCUCGGGCUAGUGAAGUCCCGAUGACUGAACCGAAACCAAAACGGUCUCAAACUUCCCCUUCCCCCCCAACACUCCCCGCUCCGAAAUCCUUCUACGACAUCCUCCCCCCGGAAUCAAUCGCCUCCGCUGGGUCUACCACGUCUCUCAAGUCUUCUCCUUCCCCUUCUUCCCCUUCCUCCUCCUCCUCUCCCACAUCCCCUUCCUCCUCCCCCUCCUCCGCAUCACCGCGUUCCACGCCAUCUCCCCGUUCCAGGUUCAUCGCAGCCGCAAAACGGUCGACGAUCCCCCGGAUGCCGCGGAUGCAGAGUGUUGUGCAGGGGUUGAUGAGGAGGGAGGUGACGGUGGGGAAGAGACGGGGUGAGCAAACACGUACAUAUCCAUCUGGGCAUCGAGAUCAAGAUGGUGGUGGUGAUGAGGAUGAGGAUGACCGGGCUGGGUUGUUAAGAACCCACUCGGUGGUGAGCCGUUCGAGUACGGUGAGGACGAGUCAGUCGUCGGGGGUUACGCUUGUUGAGGAGACGGGGGAGGGGUGUUGAUAGUCCACCCGAGAGUGGAAAUGGUUUGGGUACAUCACCAAACGAGGAUGAGGAGGGUGUUUGAGGAUGAUGAGUCUGUAUAUACAAGGAGAAUAAUGUACCAAUAUGUACAACUCGGAUAAAGUAACUGUCGU